AGGUUAUUGAGCUUGUGAACAAGGAUUAAUUGGAAAUGGGCAGAUGUCGGCUAACCAGAAAAAGAGCUUAGUAAGUAAUUAGAUGAGCUGGGAUGCUGUUGUGGGGGCAGAGCCUCCUCUGAAGGGUUCAGAGGAAAAAGGACAAGCCCGAAAGGAAGUUCCUGUACCCCUCCGCACCACAACACAGUCUGAUAGUGGUAGUGUCUCCAGCUGGAGUGUUAAGAAGGCCCAUUGUACUGGUAUCAUUUUUUGUGAUACUGAUCUUUACCAAGUUUUAUAAUGUUUGUGCAUCUUUGUUGAUACAAGACUUGCAUGAAAUGAGACAAGCGUAUAUAAGGAAGAAACAGGCUGCAUGCAAUUACUCCAGAGCAAAGAUGGCCAAGUUCAUUCUGCUUACCGGUCUGGCCCUCCUGCUGAACACCCAGAUAGGCACUGCCUAUGUGCUGUCGUGUUACUUCACCAACUGGGCCCAAUAUAGGCCUGGCCUGGGAAAAUUUAUGCCGGACAACAUCAACCCAUACCUGUGCCACCAUCUGAUCUAUGCCUUUGCUGGGAUGUCCAACAACGAGAUCACAACUUACGAAUGGAACGACGAGACCCUUUACAAAUCCUUCAACGCCUUGAAGAACCAGAAUGGAAAACUGAAGACCCUCCUGGCAAUUGGAGGAUGGAAUUUUGGGACAGCCAAGUUCUCCACAAUGGUUUCCACACCUGAGAACCGCCAGACUUUCAUCAACUCUGUCAUCAAAUUCCUGCGCCAGUAUCAAUUUGAUGGGCUGGACAUUGACUGGGAAUACCCUGGGUCCAGGGGCAGCCCACCCCAGGACAAGACGCUUUUUACCGUCCUGGUUCAGGAAAUGCUGGCAGCCUUUGAGCAAGAAGCCAAACAGGUCAACAAGCCCCGUCUCAUGAUCACUGCGGCUGUUGCUGCAGGACUUUCCAACAUUCAGGCUGGCUACGAGAUUUCUGAGCUUGGAAAGUACUUGGACUACUUCCAUGUGAUGACUUACGACUUCCACGGCUCCUGGGAAGGAUACACUGGGGAGAACAGCCCUCUGUUCAAAGGCCCAGCUGACACUGGUGACCUCAUCUACUUCAAUGUCGAUUAUGCUAUGAACUAUUGGAAGAGCAAUGGUGCCCCAGCUGAGAAGCUCCUUGUUGGAUUCCCGACCUAUGGACAUGACUUCAACCUCCAAAACCCAUCUGACACUGCUGUUGGGGCACCAACAUCAGGACCUGGCCCAGCUGGACCUUACACAAGGCAGGCUGGAUUCUUGGCCUACUAUGAGAUCUGCACAUUCCUGGACUCUGGAGCCACCCAGGCUUGGGAUGCCCCCCAGGAUGUGCCCUACGCUUACAAAGGCAAUGAAUGGGUUGGCUAUGACAACAUCAAGAGCUUCAACAUCAAGGUUGACUGGCUGAAGAAGAACAAUUUUGGAGGUGCUAUGGUUUGGGCCCUUGAUAUGGAUGACUUCACUGGCACUUUCUGCAAGGAAGGCAAAUAUCCCCUGAUCACCGCCCUGAAGAAUGGUCUUGGUCUGCAAAACAGUGACCUUGUGCCUCCAACUCAGUCCAAUCCUCCAGUCACUGAAGCUCCUAACCAAGGAAGUGGAAAUGGGAGCGGGGGUUCAGGUAGCAAUACUGGUGGCUCUGGUGGGAGCGGUUUCUGUGCCGGCAAGGCCAACGGCAUCUACGCAGAUCCAAGCAGCAAGAGCAACUUCUACAACUGCCUUAAUGGAGAAACCUUCGUGCAGAGCUGCCAGGAAGGCCUCGUCUUUGAUGCCAGCUGCUCCUGCUGCAACUGGCCAUGAAGAUACCAGUGCUAUUACAGCAAACAGACCCCUCUGAUCUAAUUGCAUGGAAUAAGAAUGGUUAAAUAAAGUGUUCUGCAAAAGCAACAAUC